AUGGCCGGUCAAACGCGGGUACCUACUCUGUGCACCCGACCAUCGUUCCAGCGUUCCUUCCAACGCUUCUCAAUCGAACCCGGGUGGACGGGCGUCCUGGCGACUCGGUGGCGGCUAUGUACCAUCUCGCGAACGCUCGGAAUGGUGCGCGCGCUGCCUCCGCCUCUCCCUCCGACCUGCGGCGGCUCUCGUCCGGGCCGUGAGGGUGCGCCAGGCGGGUUUUUCGCCGCCCCCCCCUCCCGCUUGCUCCGCCCGCCUCGGGACACUUUCUGGUUGGUCGGGCCGUCAUGCGUGCCAUCCCGGUCUGUGUGCUCGUCUGCGCUCGUCUGUCCGAUGCAGUUCCGCUUGAAUGCGGGUGGCGCCGACAUCAAGUGGGCCCGGUCGCGCACGGGUGCUGGGUUUGUGCGUGGGCGACGCCCGCUGGAGCGCUUCGGUCUCGCUGGACGGCACCCGCUGCCAGUGGGCGCACGGGACUCGCGGUUGUCGAGCUCUCUGUCCGACGCGCGGACUCGACUCGACUCGACUCGACUCGACUGUGCGCACGGAGUUGGGUGCCCGCGCUGCGCGCUUGACAACCGUCGGUCCGUUUGUGCGGGGACACUUGCUGGGAUUGCGCGUGUGCGGAUUGGCGCUGGCUGGGGGAUUGAUUCACGGCUCAAGUAG